AUGUCUGCCGCUGCCGCUACUACUAAGCCCGGAUUGGAGGAACAGCCCCAGGUCAAGAUCCACCGCAUUCGUAUCACCUUGACCUCCCGCAACGUCAAGAACCUCGAGAAGGUCUCUGCUGAUCUCAUCCAACGUGCUAAGGACAAGCAGCUCAAGGUCAAGGGUCCCGUUCGUCUCCCUACCAAGGUCCUCCGCAUCACCACCCGUAAGUCUCCCUGUGGUAACGGUUCCGAAACCUUCGACAAGUUCGAGAUGAGAAUCCACAAGCGUUUGAUCGACUUGCACUCCCCCUCUGAGAUCGUCAAGCAAAUCACUUCCAUCUCCAUUGAGCCUGGUGUCGAGGUCGAAGUUACCAUUGCUUAA